GGAGCUGCGGUCAGAAAGCAGACGAGCUUUGGGUCUCGGUUGGUUUUCAGUAGGGUGUCUGGAGCUGGUUGCUCUUCAGUUAGGUGGACAGUCUGAGGGCACCGCAGCCACGUAGGGAUCCUAAGAAGUGGGUGAGGUCUGGGUGUGUGACGGGUGUGCAGCCCAGCAGGGCUAUGAAGUCCCAACACUCCCCAGAGAACGCGGCCAGGGAGAGGAGCCGUGUACGUAACCUCCGCCAAGCUUUCCACAGCCUGCAGGCAGCCCUGCCCUCCGUCCCCCGUGACACCAAGCUCUCCAAGCUGGACGUCCUGGUCCUGGCCACCGACUACAUCGCCCACCUUACUGAGACCCUGGACCAGGGUGGGGCUCUCUCUGAACUCACAGUGCCCCCCAGGGCAGGGGGAUACCUCCACCCAGUCAAGAAGUGGCCGAUGCGCUCCUUGCUGUACUGUGGGAGUGUGGGAGCACUGCUGUCAGCCAAUCAGAAGCCAGCGUCAGGGGAGGAGGAAACACAUCCUCUGACCCCUACCCCAGAGGUCGACAUGGACCAAUCCGUUUAG